UGUACUUUGAAUGGUAAAAAAAGAAAAGAAAAAAGACAGGUAUAAAAACUAAACUAAAAAACUCAUUAGUGAUGGAAAAACAAAUUUUGACACUAAUAUAUUUGGCAGUAGUUUUCAUGAAUGUGAAUGGAAACGUCAACUAUGCAGAAAAAGGAGAGUUAAAGAAGAUCCAAAAUGAUGGAUUUAGUGAGGCCACUCCAAGUAAUGACAAUAAGUGCCAGCAAUGUAAUUGUACAACAUGGACUGUGGACUGUAGUAACAGGAACAUCACAUCACUACCACUAGACCUUCCCUCAAAUAUUACAACACUGGAUUUAUCUGGAAAUCCAAUUAAAGUUCUACCAGACUAUCUCCUAGGCCGUUAUUAUAAGAACUUGAAGACUUUGAAUAUUACCGAAGUGUGUCUUUUGAAAAAUUUAAGUGCAUAUGUAUUUCAUGGACUUGGUAAACUGCAAAGUCUUUACCAUAGAUGCCAUCAUCGGAGCGUUCCCAUCAAAGUAAAUCCAUAUACAUUUAAACCUUUAAAGAAAAUACAAAACAUUGAAAUUACUGGAUGUACAAGAACGAUGUAUCCUACUGCAAGAUAUGAUUGGCUUGAGGCAUUUAAAGGACUUCAGAACUCCAAAAUAGAGAAAAUCACUUACGUGUAUAUUUCAUGGAUACCAUUCAUAGUAAAAGAAAUUAAUUUCAAAUAUUUUGAGAACUGUAAGCUUAAAGAAUUAUAUAUGCCUAACAAUAAAAUUACUGCAAUUGAAACAGGAGUUGUGAAGUAUCUUCAGUAUCUGGAAAUAAUUGACUUUUCUAGAAACAUGAUAGCAGCAUUUAUUCCUAAUGACUUUGUUGUCCCUGUUUUAUAUCUUUUAAGCUUGAUUCAUCUAAAGGUCAUUAAAGUUGAUAACUCAGAAAGGAGAAUGGCUAUAGAUAUAAACAAUCCUCGCACCGUAAACUGUGGUAUUUUAAAAUGGACACUACCACUGCCAUUGGGACUUGAAGAAUUACAUAUCAGUGGGACAAUGGUUGAUUCAAGACCAAGCUCAAUUCCUUGUGAAAUGAAGUUCCAAAGAGAAAACAGGCUAAGAAUUCUUAAUGCUGCUGACACCCAUGUAGCAACCUACUUUGGGGCUCCAAUAAAAGGUUUGGUGAACGUGCAGCAGAUCAUUGAUAACAUGUCUAAUUGAAAGCCCAUGUUUAUAAUAACAACGAUUGUAAAAUUGAACCUAAUUUCCUCACAUGUGCAUAUGGCUAUUUCGAAAGCAUACAAGUUCUUAAUUUAGCCCAUAACAGACUCCUACUACCUAAAUCCACCAACUUCACAUUGUUUAAGAACUGUUCCAAGUUGGUUCAUUUAGACAUAUCAUUUAAUAACCUGACCAACAUUCCUAUCAAUAUCUUCAAAGAAACCUAUUCUAUUGAGACAAUAAACCUUGGUGGUAAUAAGCUGACAACUUUUAAAGUAAACUUCAACACACAUGUACAGGUUUCGCUGAAAGUGCUGAAUUUAUCCCAGAAUGCUUUCUAUGACCUCGAGGAGUAUGCUAGAAAUAACAUUGCUGCCGUUGCUGCCAAGAAAUCUAACAGCAAU